UUUGACAAGCAACACAUAUUCAUCCGCUUCUACAUGAGUGUCAAGAACACAGCAGUACCCGGAUGGACUGUCAUGGCCGCCGUCGCUGUGGUUCCACAGAGAGGAGAGAAGGAAGGCAAAUGUUGUCUGCUGUGUGCUUUUUUUCCCCCCCUCAAGCUUAACCUUCUUUUUUUUUUUAAUCAUGUCGGACGCUGACGGGACGCGGUCUGAACUUCCAUCGAGUUCAUAGUACUGUGGCCACACUACAGGUUCCUCUUCUUCAGAGAAAACUUGCAUUGAUGUCUGAGUUUUUUCUAAAAAGAUACAGGAAUCUGCAGAUAUACAGCUAUGGAAGAAGAUCUCACAAUACCUCAUGAUUCUGCCAAAAACUGCAACAUAUCAGUUAUAGAGGAUGAAAAAGAAAAGGUAAAGGACUUUGUGUAUAAGCAUUUCCGAGAGGUGACAGAUGGGCCACCGCACUUCAAUAAUUCAGAAGAAUCUCCUAUUAAGGAACACGGGAUUUCCACCAAGAAGGAUAAACAACUCAGUAAAGCUCAUUGUAAAAUUCAGCAGGGGGCUGUUUUUUCUGGAAAAAUACUGAGUUUUGGAUGCUCAGUUUGUAGAGAUGAUUCCACAUACAGUCCCAAUGAUCUCCUUAAACAUUUUCGAGCGGCCCACAAAGGAAUCCUUCCUACAUACCCUUGUGAUCUGUGCGGUUUCGUAACAAAUGAAUUCCCUGCUCUGCAACGCCAUCGGAUCGAGCACCGGAAUACUCUUGUCACAUGUGAGCUCUGUGACGAUGAUGUUCAGUACUCCCUGCUUUUGCUCACCAGACACUACAUCAUGUGUCACAGUCUAAAUGGACAGUUUCACUGUGACUGGUGCCAGUUUACAACUGUGGAUGCAGGGACAUUCGUCCAACACAUCCAUCAUCAUAAUGAAAGUCCUUGGAAGUGUUCAAAAUGCAGACAUAUUAGCAUGAGCGAAGAGGAUCACCAAAGGCAUAUGAAAGCUCACUCGGGUACAUUCCCCUUCUCCUGUCAGAUCUGUGGAUAUGGUGCAGCAAGAAACGACUACCUUAAAAAACACAUGGCUGUUCACAAGGAGGAAUCUGAGAGAAGGAAUGUGUGGAAAGCUAUGGAAGACGGUAGCACUCCCACAAAUUCAUCUGGAAGUGUAAAAUAUUUGCUAAAAAAGAGUGGUGAAUCACAGGAACUUCAAAGGAUAUCAAAACUGAACUGUGUCUCUGGGAGUUUACCAAACCAAAAUGGCAGGCUAAUCAAACCAGAGUUAUCCUUGGAGGACACCCACCACACUGAUGGGACUGUAGCAAAAAAGGACAACAAAAAUGGGAGCAAAGGUUCUCAUAACACAGAGCAGUCCAUGCCAGUAGUGUUACAGGAAUGUGACAGCUCUGCAAGCUCCGACACUGCAAAUCACACCAAUCCUAAUGGGCUGACUGUUCUAAUGGUCAAGAACAAAAUAUCUCUUCCUCCCAACUGUACAACCAAAGUGAUGGGAUUUAAAAUGGUUGAUGGGAAAAAACAUUUAGUUCUCAAAGUAAUACCAGCAACAAGGCAUGACCUUUCCACUGAGAACCAUUCCUCAGUUGAAGAUGUGGGCUCCUCAGCACCAGAUUCUGUGUUGGAUAAAAGUAACGUUUCUUAUGAGAAUGGGGAAGGCUCUGCUAGUAGGAGCUCAACAUCACAGUGCUUUGCUGUUUCACCAAGAAGUGGAUCUUGCAUACAAACUGAUCAAGAUGAUAUCAUGGCAGUAAAAGUAAAGAUCGAGGAGGAAGAAACCUCUGUUUGCAACUUUGACUCCACCCCACACAGAGAUGAUGUUGGGGAAGAGGAUAGUCCUUCACUAAGUAGAUCUUCAACUUGUGCAGAUACGUUAUAUCCAAUGACAAAUGAGUUUGAUCAUGUGGGAGACCAAAGUCACCCAAGCCAAAUGGCCUGCUCAGAAAGAAGUCAGUUUGAUACUAACUUCAUCUCUGUAACAUUUAACACUGAUGGAACUGGCCACAGUGGUUACAAAAUGAGUAAUACUUCGACAAUAUGUGCUGGGAGGGUCAGUAGUUUAUCCUCACCUUCCAAAGUUGCUCAGGAAACACUUCUUUCCAAACCAGUCAGCAAAAAAACUGUUGAGAACUGUGGGGCUGCAGAUGAGAUACCUGUGAAUGACACAGGGGCAGAAAAAGUCAUUGACAAACAUGAAGGGAACUUGUCUUUUAACACUACAGAAAAUAAUGACUUAUCUCCUCAAAUCACUCCAGAAAAGCCUGAUAGGGUCAGAACUCGGAUUAAACUGAAAAAUGGCCAGCAAAAUGGUCAAAACCUGUUGCCAAAUCUGGUUCCUCCAUCAGAGUCAUCCUCACCCACUUCAGGUACCCACAGAGAAAGUGCUAUGGGCUCAGAAAAUUGCACCCAAAAUUCACCAAGCCAAGAAGUAUUUGCAUUUCACAAUUAUUCCAAGGAAACAUUUAGCAUUUCUCCAAACACUACCCAUAACUUUGAAAAUAUGUCCGAACUUUCUGCAGACAAAGAUAGUAUUUGUGAAUCAUCACAGUUUAGCUUGACAUUGGCAGAGUCUCCAGAACCGUUCACAGAAAGUGACAAUGGAGAUGACUCAUUUCAAGAAAAUCAUCGGGAGGCCAUGAAGAAAUUAUCAGAUAGUGACAUCGCAGUUGAUGAGUUCACAGCUAGUGCUGAUGAUCCUCAGACUGAGGAUGAAAACCCUGAAUCAGUGCUCCAAGACUUUAAUAUUAUCAAAGUUGAGGAGGAGAGCAUUCCUAUAUCCAAAAAACAGUCUGAGACAAAGAGUAGUUCAACUUUAUUGGGCAACUUUGUGGAAGAACAUUCAGAUGCAAUCAUUACCCAACAACUUAACAAGGAAAGAAUAGAGUCUACAUGUGUAAGCAGUGAUUCUUCAAAGCAAACAAAAACAACUCUACGAUUUCUUCAACUGCCAGAGGGUAAGCAGCCAGUACUCCUGAGGGCUACUGAGAAUCGAUUUGCCAUGCCAGUGCAGGUCAAGGCCACCCCAGGUUUCAAACUGUUAACAAAUUCUGCAAAUCCUCAGAUUAAUGUAUCUUACAUGAAGCCAGGGACAGACAAAUCAGCUAACCCUACUGGUGUAACUCUUACUCCAAACAGUAAGAGGACUGGUGUAUCAGCACCAAAGACAGGAGCUACUGAAAAAGGGACAACACUUCUCUCUGCGGUUCAACCAGGUGUUGGCACCACCUCAAAUCACUACCUUAUUAACAGCUCAAGUUUGAAGGGUCCUGUAUUCCUUUCAAGCACACCACAUAAUAAUCCUACAGACAGAACAGCAAAGACACAGCCAACUUGCUACUUGGUACAGAGGUCUCUUCCAUUUGUUCAGGACCCAAGUACUCCUGGCCUUAGACUGGCAAGUACACAACUCCCACUAAAUUCACGGCCAGUGCUAGCCAUGCCCAUGUCCCCUACAGACAAACCCAGCGCUCUGCAGACUGGCCGUCAAGCAUUCUUGCUCCGGUACAUUUCUCCACCCAAAUCAGGCUUACUUCUCAACAACCAAGAGUCCAAGACUGGAACUCAGUGUAGCCCAACCAGUGAAAGCACUGGAAACAAAGUUAUAUUUAAACUUGUCACUUCUACCGGUAGCCUUCUUACAAGUGGUACUCCCACCUCAAGCAGUCAGCCUUUGUUUUUGGCCACCAGACCUCAGACCCAGUGUUUCCUGGUGUCAUCUAACAAAACGAAUGCAAAUGCCUCCAAUAGACUAAAGAAACUGAUCACCAUACAAAAUACUGCACAGAAGGAUGUUAAGGAAUCUUGCAUGUCACCCUGUCGGAUGGCUGUUAAGGUACAACCGUGUGAAGCAGAGAAACCUAUUCUAGCCCCAAGGCCAAUUCGGCCUCCAAGCCAAAGGAAAAGGCGCAGGAAAGCAUUAUUUGAUGAGCUUCCCUCAACAGUGCAUAAAGCUAGAAGACUCUCAAAUAAAGCACUAACUGAGAAAGAGACUACUGUGUUAUGGAAGCCUGUAGCCAAAGAAGUUGAAAGGACUCUGAGACUUGCCCCAUUCAGUUCUCUACAGCAGAUUAAAUGUCCUCGCAGAUACCAACCUGUAGUGGUGCUCAAUCAUCCAGAUGCUGACAUUCCUGAAGUGGCCAAUAUCAUGAAGGUAGUAAAGAGGUAUCGGGGCGCUGUUACUAAGGUCUCUCUGUCUCAGAAAACAAUCCAAGCACUCUCAGAGCUUUGUGCUCUAGGGAAGAAGUCCCCGACCAAAGGUGCGUUGUCGCAAAGCGGUGAUCCAAGACCUCGGCCAGUUCAGAGUUCUGUCCGAGAGCGAUUCCUCCUGAAACUGAAGUUAAGGAAGAAAAGCAAAAAAAAGUACGAGGUUGUGGAAUCUUUAUCAGGUUGUAGACAAGAGCCUGUGGUGUUUGACUGCUGGUUUUGUGGUCGACUCUUUAACAGACAAGAAGAUUGGAUCGGCCAUGGCCAGCGACAUCUUAUGGAGGCGACUAGAGACUGGAAUAAAUUGUUCUGAAAGUUUUCCAUCAACUCUAAAUGGGUUGAUAUUCUGUCCUUUUUGAAGUGGAACAAAUGGUUGAAGCUGUAUAUUUUUUAAUGACCUUCCACUAAACGUUUGUUCAAUUUCUGGUCCUGUAAAUACAUAUUCUUAAGUGAAUCAUAGUUUAUCUUUUCAUAGGUGCAUAUUCUGGUAAAUUAUGUACUGCAAGCAUGAUUUAUAUCAUGCAUGCACAGGUCAAAUUGAACUGUGAAAAUGGUACACUGUAAUUAGGAGUUGUGGUAAGAGCACUGGCUUAAAGAAAGGGGAUAGAAUCAGCAAAGGUUGUAUGCAGAGUUGGAUAAAUUACUCAGGUGAUUUCAUAUUAAUCUGGUUUGUCUUUUUUCUCAUAAAUUAAACAACAAAAGUAUAGGCCUAGCUUAUGGGACUUUUGUAUCUUUUAUUAUCCUGCACACAAGGACAGGUAACUAUUUGUAUAGCUUAACCCUAAAGCUGGAAGAUUAAAUUCGGUUUUGCUCUGGUCCAAAUUAUUCCUUUUUUUUAUGAUGUUCUAAUUGAAGAGAGUAACAUUUUACACAAUUCUAUUGUCAGGAUUAGUUUACAGUUUCCUUGUCAGGAUGUUGUCAACUUGUAGCAUGCUUUUGUCCUAAAUAGAGCAGAGAUUUUUCACGGUAUUCUCUUUAAUUUGCAAAUAGACAGUUGGUUUUAUAAAAUGCCUUUUCAGGAAAGAAAAAUCCAAUGUCUUUUAAACAGGGAUGCUUCAUGGCACACUGUCAGUACUUGAGAAAUUCAGAUCAGCCCAUUCUACACCCUAUGCAGUUUCCAUGCAAAAAUGUUAUUGUUGUCAGCAGCUUGGGCUGUUUGCUUCUGCUCAUGUUGUUAAUUAUGUGAAUUCACAUUUUAUCUCUAAAUCCAAUGAUACAUCUUAAAGGUCCCAUGAUUUUGCUUUCAGACUGUAAGUUUAUUCUGUGGGUUUUAAUGGUUGUUCCUGAAAGAUAUUGGUACAGGAGUGACGUCACAGAAAAAUCUGUCUACAGGAAAUGUCACAGGGCUCUACAUUCAGACGUCAGUUUUUAGUUUGCCAAGGUUGAAUUAUUUUAAUCAUCAUAUUUCAAAAAUCAAUCAAGAAUUGUGAAACAUUUUCCAUAGAUUCUCAAAUGUGAAUCUUUUAUUGCUGUCAAUUAAUGAAACUCAACACUUGAUUUGGACAUUAGUCUCAAGUUCUUUUACUGUUUACAUUUCUACUGUCUUAUUACCAGUUUGUCGGUCAUCUAAAAAGCACUUUGAAUUACACCGACUUGUAAGAAAGGUGCUAUAAAAAUAAAGUUUAAUUUGAGUCCUGUCAUACUCAACAAACUGCUGCUCUAAGGGUCUCCUCUCUAACAGAAACAUUAUUUUCAUGCACGUUUUUCCUCAUUUCCUCUAAUGUUAGCGGAACACACUUCAUGCACAGAUGUUUCUCAUCAGAAGCAUAACAUUGGCUCAAAGGCAUAAUCUUAUUUUUUCCUUUAUGCUUUUAAUGUGAAACAUUUGCAGGACUUGUAAAGUUUCAUUGACAGCGGCUUAACUUUUGUUUUGUUUUUAAACUGAAAAAAGAUAAUUUAACCAGUAAUUCUUUUAGAUAGGAGAAACUGCUAGCAGCAGACUGAGUAUGACAUGACUUUGAAUUCAUCAACAGGAAGUGUUGAGUUUGCGUUAACUGAACAGCAUUUUAAAAAAGAGAUCAGAAAACAAGGAUGCUUUUUCACAAAAAUAUUAUAAAUAAUAUUUAUCAAAAGGCCGGUUUCAAAUAAACACCUGGUUCUUCUGAAGCUGAGGUAAAUAAAGGCCCUAGUAUGAGAGAAUUUUGUUUCAUAAAAGCAAUUGGAAAACCAAUUAUGUCAAGCCCUUUUUUUCACUGUUACCACCCUUUAUGAAAGAACUUAUUUUGGGCCAGUUGGACCACUACCACAGCUCUUUGGGAUAUGGAAAGAAAACAGUUGCCCCUUGAACCUGUGUUACUGCUGCUAGUGCUGGUUAGAUUUAAGGACAGUGGUAGAUCAGCAGUUUUUUAUGUUGGGAGGGGAUGGCUGGAUCAUCCCAAAAACCUUUUAUUAAAAGUACAAAAAAUUACACUGCACAUGAAUGAAAGAGGGUGUAUAUAAGAAAUGUGAAACAGCAUAAAGUUGCUAUAGAACAAAACAAAACUGCACCCAAGAGACCCAAGAGAAAAACACAAAGACAUGUUUCAUACAUUUUAAGCUGUUAGGUGAUUUAAGAGUUCUCUUCUGUUAGUUUAUCAUGCUCUGUAAACAUUUUAUGUGUAGUAGGAGCCCUAAGUGUAACCCAUGUGUUUGGACUCAGCAUUAACUUUCACCUUUUUUAUUGCAUUGAUGUUGUACUGUAAAAAAUGUUCAGUCAUGAAUAAGUCCAAUAUGCUGUACAUACAUUUACUUUAAUGUUACAUUUGACAUACUUCGAUUUUUUUCUUUUUCUUCUUCUUUGUUUUUCUGUAAUGGGAACAGGACAUGGACUUUGCAUUUUCUUCAUGGGUUUUAAUGAUUGUAUUACAUGAUAAUUGAAUCGUGGAAAUGAAUGUUUUAUUCCAUUCAAUAUGCAAACGUGAUUGAACAAUGCAAGCCAUGCUAAUGUUUUUUUUAUACUUUCAGAGUGGUUCUAAACAGCCAGCCUCCAAUUACUGAAGCUCUGUCCUCUGUGGGAACACGUCCACUUUGCUGCCGACAUUUCUAAAUGUGCAUUUUUUAAUCAACAGCUCCAAUCAACAACAGGGUGUUUUAUUCUGUAUAGGUUUAAUUCCCCAACAUUCUUUUAUCUGAAACUCCUAGAAAUGUAGCACCAGUUGAUGCUACAUUUCACAAACUUAAAAAAAAAAAAAAAAAGUACUUCAGCAUAAUUUUUGGGAAGUGCAGUUUUUUUGCUUUUAUUUCAAGAUAGGGUUGAUAAGCGCAGUCAUGUCUGUAUUUUCAGUAUUGAGUUGUGAGUGACGAGUUAGCCCAGCUUAGCAUACAAACUGAAGGGUGGAAACAGCUAGCCUCAGUCUGUCCAAUUGUUUUUUUUUGUUUUUUUUUAAAUGAAGAAAUCGCCUCUAAAUCUCACUGGUUAAUGUGUUAUCUCAUUUGUUUAAACUGUGCACAAACAGACAUUUGAAAAUUACAUUUAGGUGAAGUUUUGUGCAGGAAUUAUGUUUUUGUGAGGUGUUGGUAGGUGAGUUUUUUAAACUUUGCUUAGUGUCUUUAUGCUAAGCUAGGCUAACCACAGUCCACACAAAGGCAUCAUUUUUGAUGUUUCACUCUCAGAAAGAAAGCAAAGAAGUGUUUGUCUCAAAAUGUUGAACUGUUUCUUUAAUAAAACCAGCUUAGUUAGCCCUGGAAAGCUAACUUCCCUGUUAUUAAUAAUGUCCUUCAAAGAAAAAAAUCUUCCUUUUCUGUUCACAAUCCCAACCCAGUGAGAACCUAUUUAAAAUGAACCCAGACUGUUGUACAGUUUCUGUUUUAUGGGGGGAAGAAAUAAUCAUGAUCUGACGUUCAGCCUGAAAAAUGUCUUAACACUAUAAAGAUCCAGGAACUGUUAUAGGCAACUGUGGUUUAAGGAUUUGAGUUUCCUGCUGUCCUAAAGUAGUCACAUGGUUUAUAUUCCUCGAUUAAACGGUUUUUCGCAACCAAAUUCUUCAAAUAAAGGGCUACAGUCUAAAAUGUUGCUUAUUCUUUAAAGUGAAAAUAACUAUAAAGUAACUUAAGGUUUCUAAUCGUUUUACUGUCAUCUUUUUGAGGUAUGUUGAUGAUUGGUUUAAACUGAACCGUGACUCAUCUGUCAUGAUGAGAAUCCGACGACGGUAUUGAUCAAACAGGCUAAUCACAAGGUCGAUACAGUUUAGUGUUCAGUACAUAUUUAAUGCAAUAAUUCAUUUACAACAUACUGUAUUGACUUAUUUGUCUGAUGGUGUAACUCACUCCCCGAUUAGAGACUGCUUGAACUGAUUACAGCAAAUGGAUGCAAACACCAAAAUGAAGCCCAGGUCCUCCUCCAGCUGGUUUCUGAAUGAUUCACAUGGUUCUGUUUCUAUGAUGGAAACUUUGGUUUUGAAAACAGCCCUGUUGUUGUUUCCUGCUCUUCUUUUUUCUGCUUCUUUACCUCUCUCAGGCCAAAGAACUAUUUGGUUUUAUCAUUUUAAAAAAAAACUUAACAAGUGCUAAUAGCAUUUCUAACUGUACAAAUGAGUUCUGCACUGUGAUAACUACAAACCACUCAUUCUACGGGGACACACUACUAGUUCACUUUAUUUCGUCCAUUGUGUACACCUAAAUUUCAAAUUGAACGACAGUAAUUAUUCCUUUUUAAUGCUUUGAAAUCAAUUUUCAUUUAAACGCAGAAUAUUUUACAGUACAGUCCUCUGCUGCAUUUCCUUUCAGCUGUUAGUUUAAUGAUGUUCUCCUCUUCCACAUAUACUACUUUGUAGGUUUCAACCCUCAAAUGCUGAACUCAUCAUGUACAGUAUACUGUUACUGUCCAGCAAGCUGUUCAACUCUUAACUGAAUCUUUUUCCUCAUGCUAAGUGCCUCAAACGUCCUUUGGCAGGUUGACAAUGUGUACGGUAUUCUUUUGUGCAACUUAGUGUUUCACUCUCCUCCUAAUAAAUGUACAUACCUUAUGG